AUGUGCUGCCCCAGGAGUUGGUGCAGCAGAUCGAAAACGUUGCUGCAGCCUUCGGCAAGGUUUGCUGCUGCUGCUGCUGCUGCUGCUGCUGCUGCUGCUGCUGCUGCUGCAGUAGUAGUGGCUGCUGUGAAGCUGGUGCUGAAUGAAAGCCGCUACUUCAUCGAGUCUGCCAGCAAACAUGAGCUGGAUCAUCUUUUGUCGAAUCCGCAGUUUCGCAGUGCCUCUUUGCUGCCGCAGCAGCAGCAGCAGCAGCAGCUCAUGCGUUUGGUGCAGCAGCAGCCUCCAGGAAGUUCCGACUCCGCCGAGCAGCAGCAGCAGCAGCAGCAGCAGCAGCAGCAGCAGGAAAAUAUCUACUUGACGAGCAGCGCGCCCACGCUGGAUGCUUCGCAGCUGGCCUUUGUGACAUCCGAGCCGGAUGAAGCAGCAGCAGCAGACAGCAGCAGCAGCAGCAGCAGCAGCAGCAGCAUGUCAGACGUUAAGACGGAGCCUGGUGCUAAGGGUGGGCAGCAGCAGCAGCAAAAGGGCAACAAUGAACGCCAAGUGACUGCUGCCUCUCCUUCGUGUUUUUUUCCUUUUUAA